GAAAGCGAGCGCGGCUACGGUCGCGCGGGGAGCAGAGGUGGCGGCGGGCGGCGGCGGCCCCGGGAGCCGCCGAGUGCCCCUCCCGGCCCCUCCUCCGGCCCCCCACCCACUCACCCGCCCAAGGCCGGCGCCCAUGGCCGCGCGCGCCCCGCGCCUCUUCCCGGACUUCGUCGCCCAGCCAGCAGCUCCGCGCCACCGCGUCCAGUCUCACCUGGUGGCGCCGCCCGCCCGCCGCCGCCCCGGCCACAGCCCCUGCGCCCACGGCGACAGCCGCAGCGACAGCGGCGGAGGACGUCGCUGAGUCGAGAAGAGCGCAGCCCGGCGGCCGGACCUACUUUAUUCGUCUUGCCGAUUGUCUAUUUUUUUAUAAGAGUUUGCAGGUUUUCUAAGAACUUUUGUAUUUAAAGAAAGUUUUUUUAAAAGGCAUCUCAAAUUUAUUGAAUCCAAAGAAGAAGGCUCUCGGGCAGUUGGGGAUUUGGGGUUUGGGCUUCGUUUCUAAGUUUUUUUUUUCCUCUUCGUUGACUUUGGGGUUCGGGUACCCCCACUGCUUAGAGCUCCCGAGGAUCUUCUGGGCCCCUACAUUAAUGAGGCAGCCACCUGGCGAGUCUGACAUGGCUGUCAGCGACGCUCUGCUCCCGUCCUUCUCCACGUUCGCGUCCGGCCCGGCGGGAAGGGAGAAGACACUGCGUCCGGCAGGUGCCCCGAAUAACCGCUGGCGGGAGGAGCUCUUGAACAUGAAGCGACUUCCCCCGGUGCUACCCGGCCGUCCCUACGACCUGGCGGCGGCCACAGUGGCCGCGGACCUGGAAAGCGGGGGAACCGGUGCGGCUUGCGGCGGCAGCAAUCCGGCGCUCCUACCCCGGAGGGAGACGGAGGAGUUCAACGAUCUCCUGGACCUGGACUUUAUCCUCUCCAACUCCCUGUCCCAUCAGGAGUCGGUGGCCGCCACCGUGUCCUCGUCGGCGUCGGCCUCAUCCUCGUCCUCCCCGUCGAGCAGCGGCCCCGCCAGCGCGCCCUCCACCUGCAGCUUCAGCUACCCACUGCGGGCCGGGGGCGACCCGGGCGUGGCGCCAGGCGGCUCGGGUGGCAGCCUUCUCUAUGGCCGAGAGUCCGCGCCCCCUCCCACGGCGCCCUUCAAUCUGGCGGACAUCAACGACGUGAGCCCCUCGGGUGGCUUCGUGGCCGAGCUCCUGCGGCCCGAAUUGGACCCAGUGUACAUUCCGCCGCAGCAGCAGCCGCCAGGGGGCGGCCUGCUCGGCAAGUUCGUGCUGAAGGCGACGCUGAACACCCCCGGCGGCGAGUACGGCAGCCCGUCGGUCAUCAGUGUUGGCAAAGGCAGCCCCGACGGCAGCCACCCGGUGGUGGUGGCGCCUUACAGCGGCGGGCCGCCGCGCAUGUGCCCCAAGAUCAAGCAGGAGGCUGUCUCCUCGUGCACCGUCGGCCGGCCCCUGGAGGCCCACUUGGGCACUGGACCCCCGCUCAGCAACGGCCACCGGCCACCCGCGCACGAAUUCCCCCUGGGGAGGCAGCUCCCCAGCAGGACUACCCCGACUCUGGGUGCCGAGGAACUGCUGAGUAGCAGGGACUGUCACCCUGCCCUGCCGCUCCCCCCGGGCUUCCAUCCUCACCCCGGGUCCAACUACCCACCCUUCCUGCCUGACCAGAUGCAGCCGCAGGUCCCGCCGCUCCAUUACCAAGGUCAGUCCCUGGGAUUCGUGGCUCGGGCUGGGGAGCCCUGCGUGCGCCAGCCGUCCUGGGCGCUCGGGGUGUUGCUGACCCCACCCUCUUCACCCCUAGAGCUCAUGCCACCCGGUUCCUGUAUGCCGGAGGAGCCCAAGCCAAAGAGGGGGAGAAGGUCGUGGCCGCGGAAAAGGACGGCCACCCACACUUGUGAUUACGCGGGCUGCGGCAAAACCUACACAAAGAGUUCUCAUCUCAAGGCACACCUGCGUACCCAUACAGGUGAGAAGCCCUACCACUGUGACUGGGACGGCUGUGGGUGGAAGUUUGCCCGCUCGGAUGAACUGACCAGGCACUAUCGGAAACACACGGGACACCGCCCCUUCCAGUGUCAGAAGUGCGACCGGGCUUUCUCCAGAUCGGACCACCUCGCCUUACACAUGAAAAGGCACUUUUAGAUCCCAGACGGUGGAGAUGACCCGCGCUGCCGGAGCAGAGUUCAGUAUUUCUACCUGUCACACUGUCUUCCCGGUGAAGGGGGGCGGGGACCCAGCUGGAGAGCACUACAGUCAUGGCCACCUUCGCAGCGAGUCAACUUGUGAAUGGAUAAUCAGGAGAAAUGAGGAAACCAAAGGAUACAAAUGCAAGAACAGAUGGAGUCUGUGACUGCAUCUUCUGUUCAUUCCAAUUCUGAAUCCAACUUGAAUAUUCCCAGACUUAGGAAACGCCAAGGGGGUGACUGGAAGUUGUGGAUAUCAGGGUAUACUAAUUAGAUCUGUGCAUUGGGGGGAGGGAAGGCCACAUUCCCUUGAAUCAUGUUUUCGAUGCAGUAUAAGUAUAAAGAUCACCUUAUAUUCUCUUUGCCUUCGACAAGCCAUUAUUAUGAUAUUAGAAGAAGAGGAAGAAAUUCAGGUACAGAAAAUGCGUUUUAAUAGCCUAACUGAUGGUGCUUAGUGGAUCUUGGUUCUAAAGGUACCAAAUGAGGAAGCCAAAGUUCUCAAACUGCUGCAUACUUUUGACAAGGAAAAUCUAUUUUUGUCUUCCGAUCUACGUUUAUGACCUAAGUCAGGUAAAUACGCCUGGUUUACUUUUAACAUUUGUGAUGCAGACAGUCUGUUUAAGCACUGUGGUUUCAGAUGUGCAAUAACUUGUACAAUGGUUUAUUCCCGAGUAUGCCUUAAGCAGAACAAAUUUUUUUUCUAUAUAGUUCUUUGCCUUAAUAAAUAUGUAAUAUAAAUUUAAGCAAACUUCUAUUUUGUAUAUUUGUAAACUACAAAGUAAAAAAAAAAAACGAACAUUUUGUGGAGUUUGUAUUUUGCAUACUCAAGGUGAGAAUUAAGUUUUAAAUAAAUAAACCUAUAAUAUUUUAU